AUGAGCAAUCAAGAACAAGAAUUACCCGAGGCAAAAAUUGCUUCUGAAAAUGAAACUACUAAUGAAAAUCAAUCAACGAAUGAAACAAAUGAAAAUGAAAAAUCUUCCUCACCUUCAUCGGAAAAUAAAAUCUUAAAUGAAUCAACAAAUUCAAAUAAACAAGAACCAACACGUCGAAUAACAUUUCCACAAGAUAUUCGUUAUUCAACUGAACAAGGUGAUCGAGAAAAACUUUUGGAAAAAUAUAAUAACUAUCAAGUAUCAGACACCAACUCUUGUAAUAUUCGAUUUUUAACUGAUCAUCGACAAGGAAAACAUUUACUUGGACGACAUGAUGACGAAAAUUCAACGUUACAAUCUCUUUCCAAAACAUUCAAUGUUAACAUAUUUCCGGCUUAUCAAAAUCCUCCAAAACAUUCGUUUAAAGUUUUUGGUACAGAGGCUAAUGUAAGAAAAUGUCUUAUCGAAAUUAUGAAUCGACCACAUAAACCAUCAACACGAUCAACAAAUCAAGGUGAUACUGAAACUAAUAAUCAAUCAACAAUGACAACUAAUAACGAAGAAUCUCAUGAAACAGAAGUUUCAGCAGAUAAUGAAAAAACUGAUGAAAAAUCCCUUUCACAACCAACAUCAAUAUUUGUAACAACGAUUAAUCCUGAUUCUUCGAUUACUGAAGAAAAAAAACCUUUUGCGCCAUCAACAUCAAAUACAAAUGAAGAAAAAAGUGAUACUAAAGAUGAAACUACUGAACAAGAACAAUUGAAAUUUGUACCACUUGAACGAAAACCGGAAUAUACAUUUACAAUACUUAUUACAAGUCAAGGACAAGAAGUACUCAAAAAAAAUUGGAAUUUUUUUGCUGGUUCAUUACAACAACGUUUAAAAGUUACUGUGAUAAAUCCUUUUAAAUUACCUAAAUUUGGUGAUAAACAAUGGCAAAAUGAACUUUCGAUUACUGGUGAAUUAUAUGAGAAUAUAACUGAUGCUGCACUUCAAUUAACUGCAUUUAUCAAUGAUGUUUUAGGUGUACCUGUUCAACCGUACAAAGCUGAUGAAGAACAAACCAAUAAUGAUUCUAAUAACUAUCAACGUACAAAAUAUAAUAAUAAUAAUAAUAAUAAUGAUUAUCAUCAACAACAACCACAACAACAACGUCGUUAUGAACAUAAUAAUAAUAAUAAUAAUAAUUAUCGUCAAUCACCAUCUCAACAAUAUCAAGGGCAAUCAUCACCAUUUAAUAAUUAUCAUGAACGAACAUUUUUUAAUCGUGGUCGAAAUAAUGGUGCAUAUGAACAAAUUCUUCUUAUUCGAAGUAAUUGUGUUGCACGUAUUGUUGGCUCACGUGGUUCUACUCUAAGACGUAUUCAAUCAAAAUGUCAUUUACGUGAUAUUGUUGUUGCACGUCAUCCAAAUGAUAAUGGUUACACUGAUUGUACAAUAUCUGCAUAUCAAACGCGUAAUCUUAAUUUUGCUAUUGAUACAAUACGUAGUUAUUUACGAAAUGAAGAUGAUCAAGCUGUACAAGUACUUGAAUCUCACUAUGUUGAUCUUCCAACACAAUCUUCACCAUAUCAAAAUUCACCACAAAAUGAUCAACCACAACUUUCUGUACCUAAUCAAAAUUUUGAACAUUCUCAGCAACAUACAUUUUCAAAUAAUCGUCAACAACAACAAUCCAUGUCAUUGACAGCACCACCUGAAUUACAUCAUACACAAAGAGAACCAGGUUUUAUGACAAGACCUUUACAUUUUGGUAAUGGUACUCAAUUACCUCAACCAUCAUAUAAUUUUCAAAAUACUCCAUCAUUUGAUUUUACUCAUCGACCAACAUCAGCUUCACGUAAAACAGAUAAACGUCCUGGAGAAGUUAAUGAUUUUAAUAAUACAAAUAAUGGUCAUAAUCGUACAUCAAAUGAUUGUCAAUAUCAACAAAAUGGUGGUUCAUCAUCAUCAAAUUCAUCAUCUGUAUCACCACGACAUAAAUCUAAGAGAACAUGUCCAGAAACAAAAGAAAUUGAUUGUACAACCGAUGAUGGUUUUUGGAUACAAAAACAAUAUUAUCAUGCAUUAGAUGAUACAUCAAAAGAAUUAUUUGAUUCAUUACUUGAUAAAUUAGAAAAAAUUCGUAUUGCUAAUGAUGAAAAUGCAGCUAGAAAACAACAACGUCUUGUCGGACGUAAUCGACCAAAUAAAGCCCGAGUUUUUAAUUCAUCAUCAACACAUACAAAUGGAGAAAAAGAUUUAACAAUAAAAUCAGAACAAGAUAAUAAAGUUGAAGAAUCAAUUCAUUAUGAUGAACAAGAAAAAGACAAAGAUUUAACUUCGAAUGAACAUGAAAAAGAUUUAACAUCUAAUGAACAAGUAACAGCUGCAAUUACUGCUGAUGAAAACUAA